GGCGGCGGAGAGGUGGUUUGGGGACCAAACGGGACAGGGGCGUCCCGCUGCCCGAUCCCACCCCGGCGCUUUGCAUAAAUAAAUAAAUCAUGCAGCAAGAGAGAGGUGGAGAGAGAGGGCGAGCAGAGGAGGUUACUUUGGGAAGCCGCGCAGCUCGCUCAUCCCAGCCCCGUAGUUCGGAGGGAGUGUGUCAUGUUACAGGGGAGCCGCGAUCAGCCAGAGCACAACGUCGCCGGAGCAGCUGAGAAUUACCUCUCUCUAAUGGGGACUUUCAUGUGCGAGUUCCUGGCCGGUCUGCGAAGGAACUGAAACUGGCAGCUUAGAAGGAAGCAAAAACCUACCGGUGAACCAAAAGACUGAAACAUAGGAGGAAAAAAGAAAAAAAAAAAAAUCCCGAUCAGUUUUUUUUUUUUCCCCUCUUCCACUCUUUGCUGCAGUUGGAUCCUUUUUUUUCUGCACCCCUUUUAUGUGUGUGUGGUUUGUUUUUAUUUUUUAAAGACUCCCCCCAUCCACUUUUGUCAUUAUUGCUGUUAUUUGUCAUUUGCUGGCACUGGGAUCCCUUUGGACGCUCUUUUUCUAUGUCUUCUGGAUUGUGCUUCUCGGAGUAGGAGUGAGGCUUUAUUUAUUCUAUUUAUUUAUUUAUCGUUUCUCAGGACAGGGAGGGAAUGUUGGAGGAGAAGAGCUGGAAAGGCGUCGGCGAAGCAGCUUUUGACAGGGGGUGCGUGGCUCCCCCCAGGACCGGUGACGGGGAGAGAUGCUGCCGCCUCCCUCUCCUGCUGGGCUCGGGGCUGCCUGGUGUCUCCUUGCUCUCUCUGGUGCUGAGCCUCCUGCUCUACUUUCGGACCUCCGAUCUGCAGUCCCGGGUGUCCCACUUGGAAGCGGACAGACCCACACAGCUCCCUGCCUGGCUCUCAGCAGACCAAAUGGAGACAGCUAUUUUGGGAAGAGUUGACCAACUGCUUGAUGAGAAAUUAAAGUUCCAUUUGCCAAGACAUCGGGAAGUUCGAGACACACACCAGCGAUGCAACUGCCCGGCAGGUCCACCUGGCCUUACAGGAAGACCAGGGCUCCCGGGAGACAAAGGCGCAAUGGGGAUCCCUGGGCGGCCGGGACUAAAAGGGCAACCCGGAGAGAAGGGUGCGCCAGGAGAAGCGGGCAUGUCUAUCAUCGGGCCCCGUGGUCCACCCGGACAGCCUGGAACAAGAGGUUUUCCUGGAUUCCCGGGCCCUAUUGGCUUGGACGGCAAACCGGGUCAUCCUGGACAGAAGGGGGAGAUGGGUGCUGCAGGUCCCAGGGGACAACCCGGACCCCCAGGACAAAAAGGAGAAAAGGGUCAGUGUGCAGAGUACCCGCACAGGCUGUUGCCUCUCCUCAAUUCAGUGCGGCUGGCUCCACCUCCGGUCAUAAAGAGACGCACUUUCCAGGGUGAACAAGGACAAGCGGGAAUCCAAGGUCCCCCGGGGCCCCCUGGUCCACCAGGGCCCACUGGACCAGCUGGACCCGAAGGAACCCCAGGACAGCCCGGGCCAAUUGGGCCACCUGGCAGAGCGGGAGAACCGGGGAAGCCUGGCAGAGAUGGAAAGGGCUUACCUGGGCCUCCUGGACCAAAGGGAGACCCUGGAAUUCAGGGAUACCCUGGCAGAAAGGGGGAGAGAGGCAUGCCAGGGCUGCCAGGAAGACAUGGCACUAAGGGCGCUCCUGGGCUGGCCACCGCAGGACUGAAGGGCGAGCCUGGGACUCCAGGAGAAAAGGGUGAGAAGGGACGAGCUGGUGACCCUGGGCUUCCUGGACUCCCUGGCACGAAGGGAGAGAAGGGAAAUGCUGAGAAUGCCUUGGUGGGAGGUAAAGGAGAACCUGGCCCUCCAGGUCUGCCUGGGCCCCCUGGACCAAAGGGAGAAGCUGGUGACAUUGGCCGGCCUGGUGCUGCAGGGUCACGGGGGGAAAAGGGGGAACCUGGUUCACCGGGAGACCAGGGACCCAUGGGCCCAAGGGGCCCCAAAGGAGAGCCUGGGAAGGAUGAUAUGAUGGACUACGAUGGUAACAUCAGCGAAGCUCUCCAGGAAAUACGAACUUUGGCCUUGAUGGGACCCCCAGGACUUCCGGGUGUGGCUGGACCUCCAGGGCCACCAGGACAGAAGGGUGAAAUUGGCUUGCCAGGUCCUCCAGGCCAUGAUGGAGAAAAGGGACCACGUGGCAAGCCUGGAGAAAUGGGCCCCCCUGGCCCUCAUGGACUGCCAGGGAAGGAUGGACCACCUGGAAUAAAGGGAGAGCCAGGCCAUAUUGGGGUCACAGGAGAAAAGGGUGAUAAAGGAGAGCCGGGACAAGCCGGCUCACCGAUAUCUGGCCCCCCUGGACCCCAAGGCCCACCAGGACCUCCAGGUCUUCAGGGCCUCCCAGGACCGAAGGGGGAAGCAGGGAUUGAUGGAAUGAAAGGAGAGAAGGGUGCCCAGGGUGAAAAAGGAGACAGAGGGCCACUGGGAUUACCCGGUACUCCAGGACCAAUUGGGGUUUCGGGACCAGCAGGACCAAAAGGAGAAAGGGGCAGUAAAGGAGAUCCUGGAGUUGUAGGACCAAUGGGGCCAGCAGGGCUUCCUGGUUUACAAGGUCUACCUGGUGACAAAGGAAUCCGGGGUCUCCGAGGUUUUAAAGGCGAGAAGGGUGAGCCGGGGUUACCUGGGCUGGACGGCCUGGAUGCCCCAUGCCCAUUGGUAUGGCGUACCUUCCCUUUCCUGCAUGCUAGUUUGCUUUUUGUACUUGGUUGUUAUUUUCUGAUACCUCCGAAUAGCUGCAUGCCUAGAAACACCUGGCAAUUCCUUCCUUACCUAUCUCCGUCCUACCUUCCUCGCGCUGCUGUUGUCAGAAACAGGCCCUUCCCUUCGUGCUAUGAUUCACAGCUGCUGUCAGCAUUACUUUGUGGCAUGAGGAAAAACGUAGCGGCAAUGCAAAUUUAUUUACAACUGCUUCAAUUCUUCCUUUGCCUUCACUUUGAGAACUUUCAGUAGACUAACGUAUGAAGACCUGCCUCCGCACUGGCUUGACUUUCUAGCAAGGAGCUGCAAUGCUCAUGUCCUUCAUUAACUCCAUUUUUAAGUGCUUGUAUGUGGCUAGCACAGCCUGACACCACUCGGUAUUACCUCAGUCACCCUAUACAUUAAGAUGGCUGAAAAAAAUAGUUAUCCUGUUAACAAGUCCAUGUGAAACACAUUAACUGGACACUUAUCUCCCUCAAUUCCUGCUAGACAAUUCCUAUUUGUGAGUCUCCCCAGAAGUCAAAAUGGUACCCGUAGCAUCCAAGAAACUUGAAUUUGGAAUUGCCUGUGUCCUGAUACCCAUCUUAUUCAAGCAUUAAAGGAUGAUUAUUGUAUUAGUGCCUCAUCUAACCCAACUAUUGUAGGACAAAGGUGUUCAGGAACACUUUACCUCAACUGAUUUCUAAGUGUGCCAUUAAACAUCACCAAGGUAUUAACUUACUCUGAGAUUUUCUGGAAAUGCAGCAUUCAGGUGAGGUUUUUGCUCCCUACAGCAGUCUAGACAAAUCCAUAAUACACUGAAACUUGUACUCCCCUGCCCUUCCAGCACCCAUUUGGCAUGACUAGGUUUGCUUGAGGAGGGUUAUUCCAAGCUUUAUUGCUCACUUAAAGGUGUUUGAUGCCAUUUACAAGGGAUGGAGUAUCAGUUAGUUCAACUAGCUGGAAAAAUGUGGCCCAAAGAAAAAAGCCACAUUUAGUUGGGAAGGUUUUCUUAGUUUCCUGAGGAAACUAGCCCUGAAAUUGCCAUUAAAAGCCUUUGUUAUUUGACCUUUGCGAAGAGUUAACACUAGUCUUUCUUCCAGCAUUCCCUCCUUUCUGCGCUGCCAUUGUCUCUUUGGGGCAGUGUCUAUAACGGUGACCACUUGCAAAGUCUCAGUUGCUGCUCUGUAAAUUCUUGGUAACAGACAGAAACUCUUCUGCCAGUCCCACAGGUGGAAUAAUACCUGGCCAGAACAGUCCACAAAGGAGAAAAAACACUGAGCCAUGUGCUUCGCCUCCCACUGAUAAUAGCCAGGUUUUUAUGGAAUAAGUUUUGGCUUGAAUAAGGCACCUAAUUACCCAGGCACGAGGAUUCUACCAGUGUCCUGGUAGACUACCUUUCUUUUUUUAUCUCUGCUGUCAGUUAGGAUUCAGCCCACAUAGCCAUGUUAGAACGUACACUUCUUUCCAUACCUAUUUUUGUUAAGGGAAACUUGCCAGAAAAUCUGGUGAAAUACAGAUGCCAUUAUUUUUUUAUAUAUAGUGUGCUGGCAUGCAGGCUAGCUUGGGAACGUGAAUAAGCAUGGUUUUUGAUCCAACUAGGUUAAAAGCUUAGCAUCCAGCUGACACAUCCAUGUGUGUAACUUACAGAGGCCAUGAACUAAUGCUUUACAAAUCUGAGAUAUGUGGAAGGAGAUACGUGGUACUAAUAAGCAUGUCGCAUUUCCGUUCUCAGCAAAUUCGCCUGCAACAAACACUUCCUUGUGACCCUGGUCUUCCUUUGAUCCCUAAGCUAUAACUCUCUGGCCUCCCAUUCCUUCAUACACCUAACUUCCCAUCUCCUCCUGCAAUGCACUACACCAGUCAUUCCUACCACCACCGGUGUACCAAUGGGAACGCCACAAUUUACCCAGUCAUUAACCCGUAACUCAGUAUUUCCACAUAGUGGGAGGGAGGGGGAGGAAGUAUCACAAGGAGACCAUAGUCUAAAAAAUGCAAUCAAAAAGCAAUAUGGUUGUAGUAUCAUGGCAACGUUCAUUUCAUCAGUCCCUUGAAAGUGCAUCUCCUUUAAAUAGUUUAUUUCUCAAUAUACUACUAUGCAUUCGCUUUUCUGUUUGUUUUUUUUCCUUUCCCUUUCUCAAAUGGGAUGAUAUGCACUGCAGAUUUCUCACCCAGUACUUGAAGAAGUGAGAACUGAGUCAUUUGAAUGAAGAAAUGUGCCUGCAUCGUGCAUUGUACAAUUUCACACCCUGAACCCACGAACCUGACACGCACACACAGCAGAAGUAUUUGACUUCUCAUGUCAGAGGUGUAUCUCCUUACAUCUGACUUUAUGUCCUGCUCAAGAGCACCUUAUCAUUGACAAAUUUCCUGUUUUCUCACAUCAAAUAGGGCUGCACUGAGAUGAAAUUAAUGGCAGUAAUUCACAAAAGCAUUUCCCAGCCAUAUGGUCUCAGCCCUUGAAGUAUCCAACCUUCUUCAACAUUAAAAAAAAAAAUCACACACCCACCUUGGGAUGUGUAGCACAAGACUUUGGGGCUGCAGAAGUGCCAGGGGAUUUUUGCAGAAAUCUCACUGACUUUAUUGAGGCAAAAGCCCCCUCCCUUCUCAGGGAGUCAGCCAAGGCAUCCUCAAGCAGCACAGGGUCUGCCCAGCUGUUUGCCUUCCUAAUUUCCCUGGAGCUGGAUCUUCUUGGAGGCAAGAGGGGACAGCUGGGCAACCUCUCUCACACAAUAAAGCAAACCCUUUAACAAACAGGGCAGAAAGGAAGUGGAGGUUUUUUCCAGUCCCUCUUCAGGACCCAAGGUUAGUGCUGCCUCUGGGGUUUGCUUAUAACCACAGUGUUACAGAGCCAAGCCCGAGGACACAGAGCAGCCGUCUCGCGCUUUCCACUGCCAACUUCCUGCAGUAUUUUUCUGGCUGAAUGGGACCUCCUGUGUUCCCCCCUUCCUUCAGGGAAGCCUGACUAAACACCUUCCUCAGCGAAGAAUGAGAACAAGCCUACGGACCUCCUGUACAUAAGUUCCUUGCAUAGCCUGCAGGCAACCCCCCUCUUCAGCCCCAGCCCUUGCUUCAAGCUACACUGGUUACGUCAGCCAGAAGUCUGGGUCACUCCAAAGGGGUGAGGAAUAUCUUUCAGACUAUUCCUCCAGCCCUGGUUCAGACUGUUUGUUGCAGCCGUAGUAGUUAACCCACUCCUUCUUUCCUCGAUCGCUGCACUAUUUUCUGUGUCCUGAACUGCUAUUUCAUCUGUCUUUU